AGGUUAAGUUUUAUGAUAAUUUCUUCCUCUAAUUUAUUAACUGAAACGUGAACUGGACCAGAAUUGACCAAAACUUCCAAUCGUAUGUUACGAUAUCGUAAAAUAUCUCGAAAAUAAUAAGAUAAAAGAUAGUUGUGGUUGGCCGAUGAAGUGGACAAAAUGGCGACCGAGUAUUUGGCGCCGUCGAGUCGAUCGUCUGUUUUAAAUAUUUCUGAUUCGAAACUUGUAAGAUGUGUUGACAUACAAAAGUAUUCUAAACUGAGAAAAUGGAGAAAAAGGAAGAGUUAGAUACAAAAGAUUUCGAUUUUACUUUUGGACAAAGUAAAGAAAAUUUUGCUGUUGUAUUAAAGAAUUGCAAGAAAGAAUUAAACACGGAAGAUAAGAAGUUUUGUGUAAAAAUCAAAUCAGAACCAUUAGAAUAUGGAAACGAUAAUAAUACAGAGAUAAAUACUUAUGAAAAUUCAAGAAAUAACACAAACUCUUUUAAUCAUUUGAAUAAUUCCGGUUAUACCAGUGAAAUAGAUAUCAAGAAAGAAGAAGUAAAAGAGAAUUAUGAUAUAAAAUAUGGUAUAAAAUCAGAAUGUAAAGUUGUUUUGAAAAAAUUGAAAUUUGAAGUAAAGAGGGAAGAUUGUAAAGAAGUUGUUCAUCUCCCAGAUGAAAAGUUAAAUAUUAAAAGAGAACCAAUUUCUACUAAAAACACAAACGGAUCCACUAUUUGGACUCAUUCUGAUUAUAAAAUCGAAAAAGGUAAGAGGCUUAAUGCUUUUAAUACUAUGAAAGUUUUUGUAGUGAUAAGAAUAAUUCAAUGUAAAGUUGUCUUGAAAAAAUUGAAGAUUGAAGUAAAGACUGAAGAUCGUAAAGAAGUUGUUCAUCUCCCAGAUGAUGAUGGAAACGUAUUGCCUGUCAACAAUGAAUACUUCACUUCAAACGAAAAUUUUAUCAAGAAUGAAAUGAACAUUAAAAUUGAGGAGGAAGAGGAAAUUAAGAAAUACGAUAUUCAGCGGAAUUCAGAAAUAAUAAAACAAUUUAAAUGUAAUUUCAAGACAAAAAGCUACGUUACUUGCAGUAGAAAAUGGAAUAAAAUUCAUGGUAAGAUUAAAAGGAAAUACUUCAAGUUUACGUUUUCAUCUCAUUCUAAACAACAAUUUACGUGUGAAUUAUGUAAACAGACAUUUACAAAUAAGAGAAUAUUGGAAACACAUCUGUUCUGUCAUAUUAAAAAAAAACCAUUUUGCUGCACAACCUGCAAUGAGAGGUUUUUGUGGCAAUUUCUUUUGCGAAGACACAUGAAAGAACACCAAACUGGAAAUAAAAACGAAAUCUCUCACAUGAAUUUACGUUUGCAGCCAUCUGGAAAUCGAGUGAAGACGUCGCGAAGAAAUGGUAAAAAUUUUAAUCUCCAGAUGAAAAAUGACAUUUGUGGUAAACGCGUUCGAUACGGUAAAAGCCGUCUCGAGAAACACGAGAGAAUAUACAAAGUUCAUGCCUGCAAAAUAUGUGGAAAAGAAUUUAAGUGGAAACGGUAUUUUUUACGUCAUAAAGCACGGCAUAGUGAAGAUCGACCUAUCAAAUCCGAUAUUUGUAAUAAAAAUUCUAAAAGGAAAAAGAAACUAAAAAGACAUAAAAAAACAUACACUGAAGAACGUCCUUUCAAAUGCGAUAUUUGUAAUAAGGGUUUUAAUCAGAAAACGCAUCUAAAAAGACAUCACUUAACUCAUAGUGAAGAACGUACUUUCAAAUGCGAUAUUUGUAAUAAGGGUUUCAAAUGGAAAGGGCAACUAAAAAGCCAUCACUUAACUCAUAGUGAAGAACGUCUUUUCAAAUGCGAUAUUUGUAAUAGGGGUUUUAAUCAGAAAGUGCAUCUAGAAAGCCAUCACUUAACUCAUAGUGAAGAACGUCCUUUCAAAUGCGAUAUUUGUAAUAAGGGUUUCAACUUGAAAGGGCAACUAAAAAGCCAUUACUUAACUCAUAGUGAAGAACGUCCUUUCAAAUGCGAUAUUUGUAAUAGGGGUUUUAAUCGGAAAGAAACUCUAAAAAGUCAUCAAGUAACUCAUAGUAAAGAAUGUUUUUUCAAAUGCGAUAUUUGUAAUAUGAGUUUCAAAUGGAAAAUGCAAGUAAAACGCCAUUACGAAACUCAUACUGAUUAGCGUAACUAUUUUUCUUAGGUAUGUAAGAAAAGGUUUAAUAAAAAUGUUUGAUAGCUCAUAAAAUCGUUCAUAAUAAUAAACUUGUUUCACAAGUUUAAUAUUAUUUAAGUUUGUUAAAUAAUAUUACUUGUACUUGUGAUAUAAUAUAACAAAUAUUUAAAAACAAAACACUAUUUGGCAUCACGAAAUAGUUUAUAAUCAAUUUGUCCAUACUUGUCAGGUAUGUAAUUAAAGUUUUCAACGCAGUUCCAGUUGAAAGUGGCAUAUUCUUAUACACAGCAAUGAAUACUUAUAUUCUUGUCAUAUGUGUAACAAAUAUUUUAAGACAAUAGGUUUCUUGGACAGCAUAAAAUUAUUCAUAGCGUUACAAAGAUAUAUGUUUGUGACAUAUGUAAAAAAAAGAUUAUAACAAUACAAAUGUUUUAACCAGAAAUUGUAUUAUUAAACAUAAAAAAGGGCGAGAUUUGUAAAAAAAGAAGUAUGUAUGCAAUAUUUGUAACAAGCUAUUUAAGAUUAAAAACACACUAGAACGUUGGAAAAUUCAUAUUGAAAAGUGAAAUAUGUGUAAUAAAGAUUUUCAAAGUAAACGCAACUUAA